UGCGCAGGCGCGGCGGGCUCCCGGCGACGCGGGGCGGGCGGCGGUGGAAUCGGCGGCUCCGGCGAGAUGCCGCGGGAGAUCAUCACCCUGCAGCUGGGCCAGUGCGGGAACCAGAUCGGGUUCGAGUUCUGGAAGCAGCUGUGCGCCGAGCACGGCAUCAGCCCCGAGGGCAUCGUGGAGGAGUUCGCCACCGAGGGCACGGACCGCAAGGACGUCUUCUUCUACCAGGCAGAUGAUGAACAUUACAUCCCUCGGGCUGUGCUUCUGGACCUCGAGCCCCGAGUGAUCCACUCCAUCCUGAACUCUCCUUAUGCGAACCUGUACAAUCCUGAAAACAUCUACCUGUCUGAGCAUGGGGGUGGGGCCGGAAACAACUGGGCCAGCGGCUUCUCCCAGGGUGAAAAAAUCCACGAAGAUAUCUUUGACAUAAUAGAUAGAGAGGCUGAUGGGAGUGACAGUUUAGAGGGCUUUGUGCUGUGUCACUCCAUUGCUGGCGGAACAGGCUCUGGGUUAGGCUCCUAUCUGCUUGAGAGAUUGAAUGACAGAUAUCCCAAGAAGCUGGUGGAGACCUAUUCAGUUUUCCCAAACCAGGAUGAAAUGAGUGAUGUCGUCGUCCAGCCAUACAACUCCUUGCUGACUCUCAAGCGGCUGACCCAGAAUGCUGACUGUGUGGUGGUUCUGGACAACACUGCUCUGAAUCGGAUUGCCACAGACCGGCUGCACAUUCAGAACCCAUCCUUCUCCCAGAUCAACCAGCUGGUCUCUACCAUCAUGUCAGCCAGCACAACAACACUUAGGUAUCCUGGUUACAUGAACAAUGAUUUGAUUGGCCUCAUCGCCUCUCUGAUCCCCACCCCCAGACUGCACUUUCUCAUGACUGGCUACACACCGCUCACUACAGACCAGUCGGUGGCCAGUGUGCGGAAGACCACAGUCCUGGAUGUGAUGAGAAGAUUGUUACAGCCUAAAAACGUCAUGGUCUCCACUGGGCGAGACAGACAGACCAACCACUGCUACAUUGCCAUCCUUAAUAUCAUCCAAGGAGAGGUGGACCCAACACAGGUUCACAAGAGCCUGCAGAGGAUCCGUGAGAGGAAGCUGGCCAACUUUAUCCCCUGGGGGCCUGCCAGCAUCCAGGUGGCACUCUCCAGAAAGUCCCCUUACCUGCCAUCUGCACACCGGGUCAGCGGUCUGAUGAUGGCAAACCACACCAGCAUCUCCUCGCUGUUCGAGCGGACGUGCCGGCAGUAUGACAAGCUGCGCAAGAGGGAGGCCUUCCUGGAGCAGUUCCGCAAGGAGGACAUCUUCAAGGACAACUUUGACGAGCUGGACAACUCCCGUGAGAUUGUGCAGCAGCUAGUCGAUGAGUACCAUGCAGCCACACGGCCUGACUAUAUCUCCUGGGGCACGCAGGAGCAGUGAGCACCGUGUUAUGAUCUUUGCCCUUUCCCACAGGGAAGGAAGACGAACAGGAACAGAGAAAGACAGAGUUUGUUGUUUCCUUUUGGCAUAUCUAACAUUCUUCCUUUAUUGAGGUGAGCUGCCCCAGCUGACAAACCCACCCCUCGUGAUUUUGGUUGGACAGAUGUAGUUAGAUUGGGCUGCCAACUUCCAUUGUGAUUCCAAAUCCAGUUAAAGAUUUCCUAAAGUUUUGAAACAAAAUGAUGCUACUGUCCUGAUGGAAACUACUGAGCAGACAGUUUCCUCAUUCCCAGCCCAUGUAAUCAGUGAAUAAACUUCACUGCUAUUUAAAAUACAUGGUCCAGUUUGGACUUGCCACCAUGCUAUCUCUGCAUGGAAAAUGUUGAUACACUCCUAGAGGCCUCUUGGAUCAGAACCAUGCUCCCAGUUUUGAAGUGAUCCCUAUUCCCUUUAUGAUGCUUUGUAAUUCUCUUUGUUUUCGUGGAUAGGCCAUGACCCAAGACACAUCUUUAUUUAAAUUGAAGUCUUGUUUCACCAUCAUCCAAACUAUCCUUUCAGUUAAGGUGCCACUUUUAUAGAUGUUUUCACUGCAAUCUGAUUUAAUUACUGCUUGUAAGCUUGAUGUGAUACUGGUGCUCAAAUCCUUGGGCUCAGUGUGUGGCAAUACUUGUCAACUUAUUUUUUACUACUUCUAGGUUUAUUGAGUUUAAGACUCCCAUACCAGUGCUAGAAGGUCCUAAAACAGUGUCAACUGCACUUUGUGGUUUUAUUAAUAUUUUAAAUGUUUAGGUUCUAAA